AUGCUUUCCCGCACCGCUGCCCGCCCCGUCGCCCGCGUGCUUGCCCGCCGCGCCUACGCCUUGCUGGCGCUGGCCCGCGCCUUGAUCUCCGAGCCCGUCGCCGCCGUCGACCCGGAGAUGGCCGACAUCCUCGCCCAGGAGCGCCACCGCCAAAAGCACUCGCUCACGUUGAUCCCGCUGGAGAACUUUACUCUGAAGGCCGUCAUGGACUUGUUGGGGUCGGAAAUGCAGAACAAAUACUCCGAGGGUUACCCCGAUGAGCGCUACUACGGGGGUAAUGAAAUCAUCGACAAGGCCGAGAAAUUGUGCCAAAAGAGAGCGUUGCAGGCUUUCGGUUUGGACCCGGAACAGUGGGGGGUCAAUGUCCAGUCGUUGCUGGGUGCCCCCGCCAACUUGUACGCCUAUUCCGCCAUCUUAGAGGUGGGCGACCGCAUCAUGGGGCUUGAUUUGCCUCACGGGGGUCACUUGAGUCACGGCUACCAGACCCCGACCACCAAGAUCUCGUACGUGUCGAAAUACUUCCAAACCAUGCCCUACCGUCUUGACGAAUCUACGGGUUUGAUUGACUACGACACCUUGGAAAAGAACGCGAUUUUGUUCCGUCCUAAGGUGAUUGUCGCCGGCGCCCUGGCCUAUUCGCGGACGAUUGACUACAAGAGAAUCCGGGAAAUCGCCGAUAAGGUCGGUGCCUACGUUUUAUCGGAUAUGGCCCACAUUUCCGGUCUUGUGCUGGCGGGCGUCGCUGCCCUGCCCUUCCCUUACUCGGAUAUCGUCACUACUACCACUCACAAGCUGUUGCGUGGUCCUAGAGGGGCGAUGAUCUUCUUCCGCAAGGGGAUCAGAAAGGUCACUAAGAAGGGCAAAGAAAUCCCCUACGACUUGGAGAGAAAGAUCAACUUCUCGGUGUUCCCUGCCCACCAAGGGGGGCCCCACAACCACACCAUCUCGGCGCUCGCGGUGGCGUUGGGCCAGACUCAAUCGCCCGAAUACAAACAGUACCAAAAGGAAGUCGUCGACAACGCCCAGGCGUUCGCUAAGCAAUUGCAGACUGCUGGCUUUGACCUUGUUUCCGGUGGCACCGACUGCCACUUGAUUUUGAUCGAUUUGAGAUCGAAGGGCAUCGACGGCGCCCGCGUCGAAGCGGUGUUGGAACGCGCCAACAUGGCCGCCAACAAGAACACUGUGCCUGGUGACACCUCGGCGUUGUUCCCUUCGGGUUUGAGAGUGGGUACUCCCGCCAUGACCACGCGUGGUUUCGGCCCUGAAGAAUGGCAAAAGGUCACCGACUACCUCCAGCGCGCCGUCGACAUCUCCAUCGAAUUGAAGCAAAAGGAGGAAGGCAAGUUGGCUAAGGAUAAGUUGGCGUCGUUCAAGAAGUUGGCCGACGCCCUGCCCGAAGUGAAGCAGUUGGGCGAUGAGGUGUCCAAGUGGGCCGCCACCUUCCCCGUCCCCGGUGAGUAA